ACUCUCCUGGCUGCCAUGGGGCCCAGCACCCCUCUCCUCAUCUUGUUCCUUUUGUCGUGGUCGGGACCCCUUCAGGGACAGCAGCACCACCUUGUGGAGUACAUGGAACGCCGACUAGCUGCUUUAGAGGAACGGUUGGCCCAGUGCCAGGACCAGAGCAGUCGGCAUGCUGCUGAGCUACGGGACUUCAAGAACAAGAUGCUGCCACUGCUGGAGGUGGCAGAGAAGGAGCGGGAGGCGCUCAGAACUGAGGCCGACACCAUCUCCGGGAGAGUGGAUCGUCUGGAGCGGGAGGUGGACUAUCUGGAGACCCAGAACCCAGCUCUGCCCUGUGUAGAGUUUGAUGAGAAGGUGACUGGAGGCCCUGGGACCAAAGGCAAGGGAAGAAGGAAUGAGAAGUACGAUAUGGUGACAGACUGUGGCUACACGAUCUCUCAAGUGAGAUCAAUGAAGAUUCUGAAGCGAUUUGGUGGCCCAGCUGGUCUAUGGACCAAGGAUCCACUGGGGCAAACAGAGAAGAUCUACGUGUUAGAUGGGACACAGAAUGACACAGCCUUUGUCUUCCCAAGGCUGCGUGACUUCACCCUUGCCAUGGCUGCCCGGAAAGCUUCCCGAGUCCGAGUGCCCUUCCCUUGGGUAGGCACAGGGCAGCUGGUAUAUGGUGGCUUUCUUUAUUUUGCCCGGAGGCCUCCUGGAAGACCUGGCGGGGGUGGUGAGAUGGAGAACACUUUGCAGCUCAUCAAAUUCCAUCUGGCAAACCGAACAGUGGUGGACAGCUCAGUAUUCCCAGCAGAGGGGUUGAUCCCCCCCUACGGCUUGACAACAGACACCUACAUCGACCUGGCAGCUGAUGAGGAAGGUCUUUGGGCUGUCUAUGCCACCCAGGAGGAUGACAGGCACUUGUGUCUGGCCAAGUUAGAUCCACAGACACUGGACACAGAGCAGCAGUGGGACACACCAUGUCCCAGAGAGAAUGCUGAGGCUGCCUUUGUCAUCUGUGGGACCCUCUAUGUCGUCUAUAACACCCGUCCUGCCAGUCGGGCUCGCAUCCAGUGCUCCUUUGAUGCCAGCGGCACCCUGACCCCUGAACGGGCAGCACUCCCUUAUUUUCCCCGCAGAUAUGGUGCCCAUGCCAGCCUCCGCUAUAACCCCCGAGAACGCCAGCUCUAUGCCUGGGAUGAUGGCUACCAGAUUGUCUAUAAGCUGGAGAUGAGGAAGAAAGAGGAGGAGGUUUGAGGAGCUAGCCUUGUUUUUUGCAUCUUUCUCACUCCCAUACAUUUAUAUUAUAUCCCCACUAAAUUUCCUGUUCCUCAUUCUUCAAAUGUGGCUCAAAUCCUCUAUAUUUUUAGCCAAUGGCAAUCAAAUUAUUUCAGCUCCUUUGUUUUAUACUUAACUCCAGAUCCUGAGUAAUCCUUUUAGAGCUCAGUCCAAACCCUCAAUGUUCCCUCCUGCUCUCCUGCCCCAUGUCAACAAAUUUCAGGCUAAGGAUGACCCAGACCCAGGGCGCUAACCUUGUAUGCCGGCAGGCCCAGGGAGCAGGCAGCAGUGUUCUUGCCCUCAGAGUGACUUGGGGAGGGAGAAAUAGGAGGAGACGUCCAGCUCUGCCCUCUCUUCCUCACUCCUCCCUUCAGUGUCCUGAGGAACAGGACUUUCUCCACAUUGUUUUGUAUUGCAACAUUUUGCAUUAAAAGGAAAAUCCACUACU